AUAUGCGCUAAUUUCAGCAAAAAACCGUCUUCGUUUUGUUUGUUUGGGGAGACGAGAAGAGACUCUACCAAGAAACAGAGCGAGAUAUACUCUCAACGAGACAGUAAAGGACAGCCUGGCAAGGAAAUACCUGCUUAUCGGCCGCCCGUGAGUCGAUAUUCAAACCCGAGUACUCCCUGCGAGCUGGAGGGGCGGGGAUAAUCAGCCAGAGUAAGAAAGUCUCGGUACUACCAAAGUCUCUUGCACACCAUGCCUAUCUUCGGGGGGAAGAAGAAGGAGAAGAAAAAGGGCGGCGAUGCGCCGGGACGGAAGCCGCCGUCUCCCGACUCUUCGCAGCACUACGGAGGAGGGAAGGCCGGUCCGAGCUCCUCUAUGCAGAGCCUGGCCGCGUCCUCCCGCACUGCGGGCGUCGGGCACAGACGAGAGCGCGAGUUCGGAGGAGGAGCAGGAGGCUCGUCGGUCAAGGACAAAGUGAGUCGCUUCGAGCAGGUGACGGAGAGAGAGAAGGGGCGCGGGGUAAGUGCCAGUUACACCAGCCUGAACUCCCGAGACCGUUCCGUGACGAGUCCCCCGCCGUCUACCAGCGCCGCUGCCAGCCAGCACGGCUCCAACGCCUCCCUUCUGCGUCCAGACGUCCGCUCCCAGGCGGGGUCUAGCUAUUCCUCAGUUGCUUCCCCUGCCUCGGACCAGAUCACAGUGAACGCUACAACUACUACUUCUGGCACCUCACCCUAUCGUAGGCCUGGCUUCGAAAGUCCACCUGGACCUGCAGCAGCGGAAGAUUCUCGCACCAUGAAACCAUACAAUGGACGAGACCUCCCACUCCCUCCUCUUCAGAUGGCGACUGUCCGGCACCGCAGCGUGGUGGCAGAAAAGAGCCCGGCCAACGGAGGAGGGUUCGGGUUCGUUCUGAGGCAGUCGUACCUCCCGAUGCCUGACGACCCGGGGCAGACCCGUCUCGUCCACCUCGUGGAGCCACGCCCCGACUACAUGGGUCCGCUCAUGACCGGCGAUCGCAUCACUCAAGUCAACGGGGAAGACGUGGAGGACGAGUCUCACGAAAAGGUCGUGGAGCUGAUUAAGGCCUCGGGGGACAGGGUCGAACUCAUGGUCGCUUCCAUGCCCGAGCUCCUUGAGCUGAACGCCCGAGUGUUUCACGGAUCGGACAACCCGUUUGUUGAUCGGGGCAACAAGAUGAGGAAGUCGGCCAGGAUGAAGCCAGGGCAGACAGGAACACUUCGGAAGCAGGCUGCCAGGGCCAAGAAAGAGUUCAGAGCCAGAAGUGAAGAAGAGGUUCUAUCGGACAAGCAGGGGCUGGAGAACGAGAGAGUGUGGGUGGUCCACAGGGCUGGCUUCUCUCUGGGGACCGUCCAACCCGAGGACACCUCUGCCCCCUCCAACUUCUCCUCUCACUUCAGCAUCAUCAGAUACCAGGGAAAAGACACAAAGAAGGUGAAGCUUGCGCAAACUGAUGACAUCAUCGACGUGGACGAGGAGGACCUGGAGAAGGCGAACCCGCCGCAGCAAGACACAGUCGAGGAUCUUGUUGAUCUGACUCACCUCAAUGAGCCCAGCGUCCUCCACGUCCUGAGGCAGCGCUACGGCUCCAGCCUCAUCCACACCUUCACCGGCCGCCACCUCAUCGUCAUGAACCCACUCCAACCUCUCUCCUGCUACGUGGACAGGGUGAUAGACAUGUUCAGAGGCUGUCGAAGAGAGGACAUGCCUCCACACAUCUUUGCAGCUGGCCAGCAGGCCUAUCGGAACAUGAUGACAACUCGCAGCGACCAGUCCCUCGUUCUCAUGGGUCUCUCGGGCUCCGGGAAGACCUUCAACGCUCGCUACCUCCUCCGCUACCUGGCCACCAUUGGCCAGACUGAGCAUGCCACUGUCACCAAUGCGAAGCUGGAUGCAGUGGAGUUACUGCUACACUCGUUUGGAAGUUCCGCGACGUUCCUCAACCCACAGGCCACUCGCUGCAUCUGCCUCUACACGUUGGACUUUGACCCCAGCGGCUCCGUCCUCUCGGCUCUAGUCCGGACCUAUCUGUUGGAGAAGACGCGAGUGGCCUCCCACCCGGAAGGAGAGGGGAAUUUCAACAUCUUCUACCAGUUGAUAGCAGGGGCCGACGACCAUCUCACGGCGGAGCUCAUGCUAGACGCUCUGCCGGGCGAGGAGCCGAACCUCUACGUGGAGCCUCAUGAUAAUGAGCAGAGGGUCGAAAGUGCAGCGUACGUGUGGGACCUCAUCCAGAACUGCCUGGACAUCCUGGGAAUAUCGGAGAGCGAGGCCAUGGGGCUGUGGUCCCUACUGGCCGCCAUCUACCACCUCGGAUAUGCCGGAGUCAAGAAAAGUGCCGUGAGGGGAAGCGAGUGUUUCCUCAACCCAGCAGCUGCCCAGCGAGCCGCCAUCAUUCUCGGAAUCGACCACGAGGACCUCGGGAAAGACAUCUUCAACCCGCCGCGCGGCGCCUCGUUCCGUCUCCCCUCUCUCCUCAGCUCUCCCUCCCAGUCCUCCAACCUCAACCUCUCUGACACCGGCUCGAUCCACUCGUAUGGGUCUCCAAUCAUCGCUGCACAGAGCGGAAACCGCUCGGCCGCAUUGGACGCGUUCGCGAUGGGCCUCUACGAACAGGCAGUGUCCGCGCUGGUGAUGCUCAUAAACCGUGCUCUCCAGGGUCCCAGCUCGGCCAAGUCCCGUUCCAGUAUCCACGUUCUGGACACGCCGGGGUUCCAACACCGUGAAUUGGCAGGGGCACGGAACGGGGCCUCGUUUGACGAGUUGUGCAUGAACUAUACCCAGGAGCGACUCCACAUGUUGUUUCACGACGUGACGUUUACGCUGGAGCAGGACCGCUACAUCCAGGAGAACAUUCACUGGAUGUUCUCAGAGUCCCCCGAGAGCCCCCUGCCUCUCAUCAACGCCAUUGACAAACAUGUCGGGCGGCGAGGUAUAGCGGUGGACGUGAACACAGAUCGCCGUGGUCUCCUCUGGAUCCUGGAGGAGGAGAGCAUGUUCCCGGGAGCGUCCGACGGGAGUUUCCUCGACCGUGUCCACAUGUACCACGGGAAACCGGGGGAGAUGGGGGACCCCCCUCUCAUUAAGGUGAUGAAGGAGGAGAACCAGUUUCAGAUCCGCCAUUGCCAGCAUUCCCUCUCCGUCCUCUACGAUGCCAACGGCUGGGUGAAGAGAGCCCGCGAACACCCCUCCUUCAGGAUCGUGGCUCAGGUCAUGGCGGACUCCAAGAAGGAGUGUAUAGGCAGCAUAUUCCAAGGUCGAGGAGUUGCAGCGUCGGCCACAAACAUGAGCACCUCCGCCCUGAAAGUGGACACUGCCCACUCCUCGCUCUCCCGGACCCGCUCAGGACAGGCCGUCGGCUACUCCAGUCCGGGGAGCGGGAUCAAGAAAUCCUCCAUCUGUCUUCAGACCAAGUUCCAACUGGAUUCACUGAUUGAUGUCCUGAGGAAGACAAGGCAGUGGUUCAUUCGCUGCAUUCUCCCCCAAAUACCCUCCAAAUUGCCAGGGGCGCUCCCCAGCCCAGACCCCAUCCUCCAGAAGUCUCAGUCGGAGCCAGCUCCCCACGGGGUAGUCAACGUCCCUCUCAUCAAGGCCCAGAUCCAGCGAGCCGACAUCGUCAAGGCUGCCAGGAUAUACAAACAAGGUUUUCCAGAGCACAUGUCGUUCCCCGAGUUCUGUCGUCGCUACGGUACCAUCGAGAAACUGGACGUCCCGUUAAACACCCCGGAAGCCGUCCAGGAAAUCCUCAUGCUACAAGAGGUUCCGUCCCACGCCUACAAACUGGGGAGCAGUCAGGUGUUCCUCCGCUCCGGGAUCCUCCCCAAACUGGACCAGAGUGUUGAGGCCCACACGCACAGCUCCAUGGUCCUGUUCCAGGCCCGCUGCCGUGGCUACCUCGGUCGGAAGCGGUUCCGAGGACUGGAGGUUCUGGACUCGGCGGCAUACGUGAUUCAGAGCAACGUAGAGGUGUGGACGGAGAUCAGGGACUGGUCGUGGUGGCAACUCUAUACCAAGAUCAAGCCGCUGCUGGCCAUCUGGAGGGUGGAGAGAGAGACGAAGGAGAAACAGGCAGAGAUCGACAAACUCGUGACGAAGGUUGCCAAACUGGAGGACGAGAGAGACACUCUGCAGGAGUCUGAGAACAUCCUCAGUGAGAAGGUGAAGCAGCUGACGUUGCAGAUGACAGCGGCCCAGGAGGCUUCCGGUCAGGCCGAGGAACUGCUGGAGAACGAACAGAUUGAGAAGAGAGAAAUGGAGGAGCAACUCUCCGACAUGACUGGCAAAGUGGAUGAGCUGUGCAGGGAGAAGGAGCAGCUGAAUCUGCAGAUUGCGGAAGUGAGUAUUCUGGCCAGGAUCAAGCAAGAGGAGGGAGAGGCCGAGCUCAGCCCUCAAGGAGGUUACAUGGACAAGUACUGGGAGACGAAGAGAGAGCUGGAGACUCUGAGACAGAGGUUGUCCACUGAGAGAGACGACGAGCUGGAGACACUGCAGACCUCCAAACGCAGCCUCGAGAAGAAGCUGGCAGGCUCAGAAGCAGAGGUGGAAGAACUCAAUCGGUCGCUGACUCAACUCAGGAAAAAGACGGUGAAACAAGGCCAGGAGCUGAACGACCUCAAACUCCAUCUCGAGUCCCAACAGGCUCGCAACGAGGAGCUCGAGAAGAGGCAGAGAAAGUUUGACUCUGAGCUCAGUUCGGCAAAGGAUGACGCAGUGCAGGAGCGCCAGGAGAAGGAGAAGCUGGCACAGGGUCGUCACAAUCUCCGCAGCGACCUGGACGAGCUGUCGGCCAAGCUGAAGGAGACACAGGAUGAGCUGGAUAAGGCCAACCAAGAGAGAGAGGACCUCCAGACCGAGCUGCUGCAGCAGACCAGUGCCAGCACAGAGUCAGAAGUGACGUCACUCAAGAGGAUGAAGAGAGAGCUGGAGACAAAGUUGGAAGGACUGGAGGACGAUUUGGACGAGGCAAACAUAAAAGUGGACAAUCUCCAGCAGGGGAAGGCGAGACUGGAGGUGGCUAACCAGACGCUGAAGGCCCAGCACCAGAAGGAGCUGGAGAGCCGAGAUGAGGAGGUGGAGGCCAUGAAGGGCAACAUGAACAAGAAGCUGAAGGCCCUGGGAGACCAGAUAGAGGAGCUUCACGAAGAGAAACAGGCUGCUACCAAGGCUCGCCGGGACAUGGAGAGAGAGCUGGCCCAGUACCAGGGCCGGGUCGGAGAUCCAGAGGUGGAGAAGAAGCUGAAGAGGCAGAUCCACAAGUACAAGGCCCUCUUACAGAGUUCCAACGAGGAGCUGGAGAGACUGAGAGACUCGAGCAAGACGUCGGCUCUGGUGCGGAGUCUGAGGAACCAGCUGGAGGAGCAGCAGGCCAGCAUGCAGGCCUCCCUGAAGAGCCUCAAGAGAGUCCAGGAGGAGCUGGACGAGAGCGUGGUCCAGGUCGACGAACUGACUCGGUCAAAACUAGAGCUGGAGUCUCGAGUGUCAGAUCUGACUAGAGAGAAGUCUGACCUUGAGUCGAGAGUGGAGGAGGACACGGACGAGAUCGAAGAGUUGACCGGGAAACAGAGGUCUCUCAUCUCUCAGAACACUCAGCUCCAGACGCAGCUGGCAGAGAGUCACCAACAGAUCGCUGAGCUGGAGGACACCAUCGCUUCCCUGGAGAGCAAGUUGACUGAGCUGAACUCCAAGAUCACUGACAUGGAGGGAGGCAUCAACAGACAGCAGUAUGAGGCUUCGGAAGUCAAGGUCAGGGAACUGGAACAGAAACUGGACCUUGAGAAGUCGUCGGUGCGUCGACUGGAGAGCCAGAUCCAGCGACUGCGCGGCCAGCUGGAGAGGGUCCAGAAACAGGAGGGAGACGACAGCUCGCAGAAGAGCUCCGAGGCACUGCGGCGGAUGCAGAAACAGCUGCGAGAGGUCCGGCUGGAGCUGCAGGAGGCCGAGAGAAAAGAGCAGGAGAUGGCCCGCAAGAAGAGAACUGCCGAGAGCCAGUUGCAGGAGCUGGAGGUGAGGCUCCAGAGUGCAGAGGCAGACCUGAAGACGGCCGAGCGGAGAGUCGACACCCUGCAGGACGCCCUCAAGAUGCAGGAGGAAGAGAUCGGGAGUGGGGAGGAGGAUGAGGGAGACAUGAGUCGGUCAUACGACGACCUGAGCUCCAGUGGCGGCAGCUACCAGAUCGGGGAGCUGAGCGGCAGUAAGGAGGACCUCUCUGACAGUCGGGACACCGAGCAUCGUCUUUCCAGCCACCUGAAGGGAUUGGGUGGAGGGCGAUCAGCCACGCCCAGAGUCGAAGAUUACACCAGCCCCACCCACCACACCCGACGUAAUCGGUUCAAUCUGGACGCAGAAGACGAUGACGUGAAGCUGUAUUCUCGCCGGAAACGAGCCAGCGUCGAGGAAGACGAUGACUUACUUGUCAGUCGUCGCCACAGAACUAGAAUCCCUCUGAGUGACGAGGAAAAAGAGGAGGAGGAGAAAAAGCCAAGAAAAUCGUACCUGAGCAAGCUGUCAGAUGAAGAGGAUGAUUUAGCCAAGUCUCCCACACGAAGGAGAAACAGGCGGUAUGAUCUCGGGGCCAGUGAUGACGAAGGUGAUUCAGCUUUCAAGACAAAGAACUCACGAUUGGCUCGAGGGAAACUGAGCCCUGAUAAGGAGGAGGAGGUGUCGUCGCGGCGUCGCUACAACCGUAUCCUCAUCAGCGACGACUGAGGGGGAUGAAGACCUGGCCAGCUGGAGACGAGGGAGAGAGAAAUCUCGACUCGAAGACGACCGCCUCUCGCCUCCCGAAAGGGGCGUGGCUCUUCACCCCCGGGGGACAACGAGACUGGGUCCUAUCGCCAGAAGAAGUACCAGCUGAGCGACGAAGAAGAGGACAAGAGGAGUCCGUCGCCGUUCAAAAGCAAAGUCACCAGUCCCACUCGAGUGAAUGGCGAGCAAUCAAGUCUCACGAAUGGCACUAAGACCUCCGAGGCAGGGGAGAAAGAAGGAGAGGAGGGGAAUAGGAAGGAGAGGUAGGACUGGGUCUAUUAGCAAGAACUUGGUCUCCAAGGAGCAGGAGCAGCUGUAUUCAGUGGCUCAGAAUCGCCGACGGAGACGGAGGACCGGAGAUGCUAAGUCUACCAGACAGACGGCAGCUGCCCAGAACAACGGCUCUGCCUCCUAGCAACAACUGCUGCCACUAUGAUGUCACACAUUGUGUGUGUAGCCUGUUGUGAUUGGACGUUCCGUCACAUGUGAUCGUUUAUUUGUAGCACCAGCUAAAGUUAUGCAUGUAUGUGUAUGUACACAAAUUUUUAUGAUUAAACAGCACAUAAUGUAUGCCAUCAUAAUUAUUAUAAAUUUGGAUCAAUUAAGUUUGACAUUAAUUACUCUUGGUGAAAAAUGAUAAUACAAUACCUGCCUCAUGAAACACUCUACAAUAAUAAUAGUAGAAACAAAAGAAUCUCAAACAAAAAAACAUUAAUUCUGACAACAUAUGAUGUAUAAUGAUAUAGCAGGUUGGAUGCUAUUGGAUUCUUAUGACUGGAAAGUGAGGAUGAAGUGAAAAAUCUAACACCGGGUUGACCUUCGACUCUCGCUUGUGACCUUUCGCCGACAGGUUCAUGAUAACGAUGUUCAUUUUGAUGACUUUGAGUAGGCCUUGAAGGUCUUCGCUGGGGUGGGGCAGUGACUCUAGAGCGGCUUUCGCCGACGAGAAAUGUCGCGACGCAGCGUCGUAGAGAUUUAUGUCCCUGCCUCUAUAGUUGUGCACCCCGGCCAGAUGCUGGUAGUCUUCGUAGGUGAGGAGAUGGGGAGUCGCGAUGCACGCAAAGGCCGCAAAUCUGUUCUGGUAGCAGAGUUCCUGACUCCCGUAUUCAAACUCCGGGAUGCGGACUUUGUCUUCGAUGAUGAGAGCCUCGAACGCCCGCAUCAUUCCAACACAGACCAAUCUCUUUAUGUGCACAACUGCCACUUCUCUCUCCUUUCGUUCUACCAAAUCCUUCCUCAGCUUCUUCCCCUUCUUCUUGCUCCCCUUCCCGCCUCCUCCCACAACGAGCUGAUCGGCAUUCAACUUGUCUGCCGUCUUCCAUGAAGUGUGUAACCAACCGUACAAGUACUCGAGGUACCAGUAAAUGUAGUGCAUCUCGAAGGGGCUGUAGAGAUUGUACUCGAACCCCAUCACGAUGUAGUCGAUCAUGAGACAGAGGAUGUGAUAGAGGACCCAGCUGGCGUAGCAGGCCAGGUGCUGCCGGGCCGGGUCGACCUUCAUGGCAACUUCAUUUUGGAGUUGGUCGAUUCGCUGCGUCUCGUGUUGGAGAUCAGCGAGAAAGUCGAGCACACGCUCCGUCUUCUCCUGCUGACGUGCCCGCGGCUGGCAGUACAAUCUGAGAAGUUCGGACAUCGGGUGCACGGUUCGUCCGAAAAAUCUCUCCGCUAGCUCCUUCCCUUGGCUGGAGGUGAAGAGUGGGGAGCGAGGGUUGAGAGAGGGAGGGUUGGAGAACUCGUGUGCAUCUCUCUUCAACAUUUCCUCCAGGGAGGGACUGCCGAAUAUUUUAGUUCUGUCGGACUGGAUGCAGACGAGAGCCAUCACGGAGCGAGCCAGAACAUUGGGGACUGUAGCCUGCGAACAGAAAUCCCGAAGAGCGUCUUUCAGGGAGCGGAGGGAGUCUAGUCUGCCAAAGUUGAGGACAGUUUCUAUCUGUGAUAGAGUUGACUGCAACGACGCGAGGCCUUCCUCUCGAGGCAUGAUGCUGCAGUGCCGGUAACUGGGAGGGAGAAGAUUCUGAUUGAUGAGGGGGU